AUGCUUUCAUCAUCUUCUCCUUUAAUCGUAGUUCUUCGUAGUCUUAACUACUCACAUAUAGUUUCAGAUUAUGCAGAGGAUCUUACAAAUACAUAUGAUUCUAUGAAAUUGCCAAGAAUCACAAAAAGAUUGAGCAGUAUUGCAGAAUCAUUGGACAAACAAACAGAAGCCGCAAAAUCAAUUAAUGAGUUUAGUAAAACAAAUGCAAUUAAAGAUCUUCAAGCAAAAAUUAACGAAAUAAACAAAUUCUCUGCUGCCAAAUUUGAAAAUAGAGCUUUUAAAGCCGAACAAGAAAACCAAGCUGCUAAGGAACAACCAGCUAAAGAUGCAGCUAACAAGGAGACACCGAAAGAGGCUCCAAAGGAAGAAUCUAAAGAAGCUGCUAAAGAAGCCCCAAAGGAUACUUCAAAGGAUUCUACAAAACUUUCCAAGCAAAUACUUGCUGAUGAUUUAUUAAUAUAA